AUGGUGAGAAAUUCAGUAAAUAUUGAGCAAUAUGAACAAAAGUUGCAACGAUUUGCAAGCGAUUCUGAUAUUGGGAGUCGAAAAUAUUCUGCUGAAAGUGUUGGCCAUGGUAGUAUUAAUGUUGCUAAGAACAUGGUUGAAAGCUCUUUAGAAACUGGACAAGAAAAUAGGACUCAAGCAUUUUAUUCUGAUAAUGCUGAUAGUAUACAUGGCAUACAGGAAUUAGUGCACGACCUAGUAAAACAACUGGAACAUGCAGCGAGUACAUUUUUAAGCCGAUUAGAUGAAUUGUGUACUGGCGUAAGCGUUGAUGGUGAGAUUGGGAAGAGCGAACGAAUACACGAACACGCGGCUUUUCAGAGGGACAUUAAAGACCGCAUAGGGACUUCACAGGGAAAGCAUGAAUGUACAACAAGUGGAUUGUUAGAGAGUAAAACGCAUUGCAUGGCGUGUUUCUUAAAGUUAGAGCUGGCUCAUCGAAUUCUUGUUACCCCAUGUCAGUGCAACACAUCAUUUCUGAAUGGCUGUAAGUGCGCACGGCAUUCAAAUGUGCACCGUAAAAAUAGUGCCACAAAUGCCACGAAAAGUUCUGGAUACAUAACAAAAGAUGCUUCUUCUGUCUGUAUGGGGACUGAUCCUCGAUGUGAUAAGGUAUGCGUGGACUCAAAUCCCCAGUGGAAUCACGAAAGCGUACCAAAGUGUGUUCUGGAGUGUAGUAGAUUGAGAGAUUGGGGACUAACUGGUAAUGACUAUGUUCAACGUCAUAUCGUCACGAGCUCACCAAUCAUAGCUACUUUAAGAGACUUAAAACCAGAUGAAAUUUAA